GAGAAAGGCGUCGGCGAAGAAGUUGUUGGCCGAGGCAAUUACGUGUCCAUACACGCCAGCGGCUUCCGCGACUUCUUCCUCAAACCCGAACUCCUCAGGGCCAUAGGCGACGCCGGGUUUGAGCAUCCGUCGGAGGUGCAGCACGAGACGAUCCCGCACGCGAUAACUGGAGUGGACAUUUUGUGUCAGGGGACACCGCAGCCGUCGCCGCCCGCACCCCCGGGAAGUGCCAACAAGAAAGCGCCACUUCUUUGCCAUUUGAA